UUAUUAUUGAAUCAAACGCCAGCUAGUUGGAAUAAUCCCAGAUAGCCCUGAGUUUCUGAUUCUGGGCUUGAAGAAAAAAGGAAUUUGCAGAGAGAAAUAGAAAGAGAGAGGGAGUGCAAAAGCUUCCUCUUCUCUGUUAUCUCUUAGAACCAUUUUAUCAUUUAGAUGGUUAAUUGCUAAGUUACAUACAAAAAGGGAAAAAAAAAUUUUCAUACCCAUAUUUAUAUAUAUGUGAGCAUUGAUAGAUCAAAAGUUUUUCUCCUGUCUCCCUCCCUUCAAUUUCAGAUUCUUUUGCCAAGGCUGAAUUUGGUAUAUAAUCUUAAUGUGUCCUUUCUUGGAUCAUCAUAAAUCAUGAGUAAACUUCGUGUUCUUUCCUCCCCACUAUUGGCUCCUUCUUCUCCUUCUUCUUCUUCUUCAUCACCCCAAGAUUGCUAUGAUGAUUCUGCUCUGGAAGGGGUUGCAGCUAAUGUAAAAUUAUUGCUAAAGCUGAUUCAAGAUCACAAAGAUGCGUGCUACAAGCACAAAAACGAUGGCAGGAGAAUGCUAAGGGUGGCGACGAUGAUGACGAUUCUCGACAACGUCAGGAACCGAAUUCAGAAAUGUCAGUUUGGAAAUAAAAGAUCCGAAGCAGAGCUGAGGAGAUGCAAUACGGAUCCAAAACCGCAGCAGCAAGUCCAUAGCCCGAAAACACCUCCCACGGAUCCGCGAAGGCGAGGAGGAGGCGCAGGAGGAGGAGGGGAUGAGUCGUCUUCAAGUUCCUUCGAUGAGCACGAGAAAUUAAAGAAAGCGUUCAACGCGAGCCUGGCUGCGAGGAAGAGCCUGGAAAUCAUGUGCUCCAGUUUAGGGAAAGAGAAAGAGAUUAUGUCCGCGGAGCUGGCUAAAAAGGUACACGAAGUGAACGAAAUGGAUGAAAUGAUCAACGAUCUCAGGGCGCAGAACGAGACAUUAUCCGAAAAGCUGAAGCAAUACGCCUCAGAGCCGAACAGGGAAAAAAGGAUGAUGACGAGCGAAGCCCAUGGAAACGCGAUUCUCCAGGAGCGAAACAGGGCGCUUUCGGACCAUUUACAGAGGUCCCUGGAUGGUUACCGAUCCCUGAAGAGGAAGCUGAGGGAAGCGGUGGAGGAAAAUCUGAUGGCUCAAUCAACAAUGGAGGAAAUGGUAGGUAAAGUCAAGGAAAGCUUAACAAGAUUCCGGAGUUUUAAAGGACGGAUAGCCGCUGAUUCUUCAGCUGCGGCUGCAAUUGAAGCAGAAAUUGUGCAUUUAGAGGAAGUUUUCGACCUUCUACAAAUGAAGGUUGCCACUACUAAAAUCGGUCAGAAUAAAAAGAUAGAUUACGGAAAACAACAGAAAAGCGAGACGGCUAUAAGUCGACCAUAUGUAGCUGUAUGAGAGAGAUAAAAUGGUGGACUUGUAUAAUUUGUAUACUUAGGUUCCUCGUCGUUCGGGAUUUCUUUCCCCCUGGAUUUUCUGUUUUCCAUAUUGUGCAGACCUGAGAUGGAUAGUUCGUCAUGUUUAUGUGAGGCUGAUUCUACUAGUAAAUAGACUCGUUUUGAUCAAACACAUUUUGUCACAUUUCUGACUGGAUAUCUUCUGAACCAGUCAGAAUUUUAUUUUAUUUUUUCUAUUUCCU